AUGACAAUGAUAAAGGGAGCUUCUUUGUGCCUCUUGUUUUUCUCAUCUUUAUUUGUUUUGGAGACUGUUCAAGGCAAUCCCAACUACAAAGAUGCCUUAGAAAAGUCUUUGCUGUUCUUCCAAGGCCAGAGGUCUGGGAAGCUCCCUGAAUCCCAGAAAAUUACUUGGAGGUCAAGCUCCGGCCUGUCGGAUGGUCAGCUUGCCAACGUGGAUUUAACCGGAGGAUACUACGAUGCCGGAGACAACGUGAAAUUCAAUUUUCCGAUGGCCUUCACCACCACCAUGCUAUCAUGGAGCACGCUUGCAUAUGGGAAGCGAAUGGAUAGCCUGAGCCAAUUAGAAAGUGCAAGGGCUGCAAUACGAUGGGCGACUGACUACCUUCUCAAGUGUGCGACUGCCACGCCUGGGAGGCUCUACGUUGGUGUGGGCGAUCCCAACGCGGACCACAAGUGCUGGGAAAGGCCCGAGGACAUGGAUACGGUUCGGACCGUUUAUUGGGUGUCUUCUAGCAAACCCGGCUCGGAGGUGGCGGCCGAGACUGCAGCUGCUUUAGCUGCUGCUUCCAUGGUUUUUAGGAAGGUUGAUUCCAAGUACUCCAAGCUACUGUUGAAGACGGCCAAAGAUGUCAUGGCAUUUGCAAUGCAAUAUCGAGGCUCUUAUAGCGAUUCCCUCGGCUCUGCAGUCUGCCCAUUUUAUUGUUCAUAUUCUGGAUAUAAGGAUGAACUGCUUUGGGGAGCUGCAUGGCUGCUAAGGGCUACCAAAGAUGUUUCUUAUUCGAAUUUCAUAAAAUCAUUGGGAGCUGAUGAUUCUUCAGAUAUCUUCGGCUGGGACAACAAAUUGGCUGGUGCUCGUGUUCUCCUAGCAAGGCGAGCCUUGAUGAGCAAAGACAAGGACGCUGAACCAUUCAAACAAAAAGCUGAAAAUUUCAUAUGCAUGAUUUUGCCCGACUCUCCUUCCUCAUCUACAAAAUAUACACCAGGCGGGCUCAUCUUCAAGCUACCUGACAACAAUCUUCAGUAUGUUACAUCCACAACAUUCCUGCUUACAACAUAUGCCAAGUACAUGGCCAAUACCAAAUACACAUUCAACUGUGGGAGUCUUUCGGUCACUUCUAAUUCACUAAGAACCCUAGCAAAGAAACAGGUUGAUUAUAUAUUAGGAGAGAACCCGCUGAAGAUGUCAUAUAUGGUAGGAUAUGGGACAAAUUUUCCAAAGAGAAUUCACCACAGAGGAUCUUCCUUGCCUUCAGUAACAAGCCACCCAGAUGCCAUAUCUUGUCAAGGCGGUUUCGACCCCUUCCUUCAUUCAUCGAACCCGAAUCCUAAUAUCUUGACCGGAGCCAUUGUUGGGGGUCCAAACGACAACGAUGAAUUCCCAGAUGAACGGACUGACUACAGUCAUUCAGAACCAACCACCUAUAUUAAUGCUGCUUUUGUUGGACCUUUAGCAUACUUUGCCAAGAGCAGCUACAGCACUUGAUGCCAUUUCCUUCAAUAGUAGUGCAAUGUGUAUGUAUAUAUAUAUAUAUUCUAAUUUCCCCACCAAAAACCAAGCAUGCACCACCAAGAUAUUGGUGGACUAUGUGAUCGUGUUUGAAUUUUUUCCAAUAUAAUUCUGUGAUCCAAGGAUCUUCAGAUUGAUAGGACAAGCUCAAAUUAAAUUUAAGUUUGAAGAGUCAUGUAGUCGGCAGAAACAAAUAUGGAAAUGAUAUUUCAGCAAUCAACACUCUUUAUCAAUUUAUUUUAAUUACGUCACUAACAAAUGACCCGUCAGUUUGUAAAAGAGUUAAUAAUAUCAUAAACAUUUUCCCUCUCGCAUAUGGAUGGUAUAUAUUCACCUGUGAGAGAAUUGA